AUGGGCGGGCUCGGCGCGAAUUUGCACGCGAUCGACUGGGGCGCGGUCCAGCAGGUGGCCUCGCAGUGGAACUUCUACCGCCCCCAGCCCCAGCGCGGCGAGGCCGAGAUCGCGGCGUGGCUGCGGACCCACCACAUCAGCCUCUACGGCGAGCGCGUCCCGCAGCCGAUGCUGGGGUUUUCGGACCUGGUCGCGCCGGACGCGAUCCACCAGGGCUUCCACGACGCCGGCUUCGCCGCGCCGACGCCGAUCCAGUCGAUGGCGUGGCCGAUCCUGCUGAACUCGCGGGACAUCGUCGGGGUGGCGCGGACGGGGUCGGGCAAGACGCUGGCCUUCAUGAUCCCCGCGGCCCUGCACAUCAUGGCCCAGCCCCCCCUGCACCCCGGGGACGGCCCGAUCGCCCUGGUCCUGGCCCCGACCCGCGAGCUCGCGAUGCAGAUCGAGCGGGAGAGCCAGAAGGCGCUGGCCCGGGUCCCGAGUCUGCUCUCGACCUGCGUGUACGGCGGGGCCGCGAAGGGCCCGCAGCUGCACGCGCUGCGGGCGGGCGUCCACGUCGCCAUCGCGACCCCUGGCCGGCUGAUCGACAUGCUCGAGAUGCGCGCGACGAACCUCCUGCGGGUGACUUACCUCGUCCUGGACGAGGCGGAUCGCAUGCUCGACAUGGGCUUCGAGGACCAGGUCCGCAAGAUCUGCUCGCAGAUCCGCGGCGACCGCCAGACCGUGAUGUUCUCCGCGACCUGGCCGGUCGAGAUUCGCAACCUCGCGGCGACCUUCCAGCGCGAUUUCAUCCGCGUCCACGUCGGCUCCGAGGAGCUCGCGGCGAACAAGGACGUCCGGCAGCACGUGAUGUUGGUGGAGCCCGCCCACAAGGAGCAGCGGCUGGUGGAGGUCCUCGCGCAGGUCGGCCCGCAGCGGGUGCUGGUUUUCGUCAAGACCAAACGCACCGCCGACGCGCUCUACGCCAGGCUCAAACACGCCAUGCGCCGCACCGUGCUGGUGAUCCACGGGGAUAAAGAACAGUCCAGCCGGGAUUACGUCCUCCAGCGGUUUCGCUCCGACGAGACGGCAGUCCUGGUCGCGACGGACGUCGCGGCGCGAGGGCUGGAUAUUAAGGACUUGGAUGUCGUGGUUAAUGUCGAUUUACCAACAGGAAUUGAGGAUUAUGUGCAUCGGAUUGGUAUGUUCGAGGCGUUCCACAGCGCUUCUUCUCGAAACUCUCCUCCGGGGUGUUGGCGUGUGGGGGAGUGCAAACUCUUCUAA